CUCAAAAAACUUUGGCUUUUCUUUUACAGUUUAUUUUUGUAGAUCAGGUUUAAAGCAAUGAGCAGUAGUAAGAGAACGUUGGAUGCUGAUCUGCCUACACAAAAGAAAAGAAAAAGAAGUAUAAAGGCAGCCUUAACACACAACCUUAAGGAUAUACAAACGAAAAGGUUCGACUUCGUAGCCAACAUUUUCUCGAAAGAGUUGGUUUUGAAAGUAUUUAGUUAUCUUUCCCCGAGAGAUCUACGACAAUGCGCAGCUGUGAGCUAUCGAUGGUCGGUGAUGGCUAAUGACGAAAUGCUGUGGAAACCACUCUUUUACAAACGGUUCCAUACACCUCGAAUAAAAUAUCGAAUCCCUCAAACCGACCUUCUAAAGGACAAUUAUCAUCUCAACUCUCAACGUAGAGCCGAAACUGUCUCAAAAUAUAGAGGCAGUUGGAAGCUAAAAUAUAAAGUCCAUCGUAAUUGGUUGUUAGGCCAUUGUCAAAUAUCCGAUAUUAUUUUUCAAGCUGUAAAUCAGAACAAUUCAUCUCAUUUUCGUCAUGUACAGGUCUACAACAAUAUGCUCCUCACCAACCGCAAUAACAGUCCUACAGUAGAAGUGUGGAAAUACAUGGCACAUAUAAAUGGAUCUACAGCCACAUUAGUAUAUCAAUUCAAAGCAGAUGAUAUUAAGGACAAUACACGUAUCACCCAAUUCAAGCUGUUUACUCAGCAGGAAGUGAAGAAGAAAAUUUUGGUAGCUGGCUACUCAAAUGGAGGAUUCACUUUGUGGGAGAUAGCAAACAAGGGAGCUGGUUGUGAAGAUUUGUCAAAGGAAAACAUCAUAGAACUUUUUACUUAUGUAAAAUCAGUGUGUGGACGAACAAACAAUGAUGUGUCUGCUGUUUCUCUGGAAUACCCAAUUUUAACUGUGCAUGCAUAUGAUACUAUCUCCAUAUAUCAUAUAGAAUCUGCUACAGUCAAGUUGAUUCGCCAAUUUCGGUGUCCAUAUGAUUGGAAAUCAGUUGCACUGAAUGUUUUCCCUUGCAAGACAGUCUUUGGAAAUCGUCCGAACAAUCUGUGGAAGAUAGUGAUAUGCUUCGUAAUUGCAGCUGGCAAUAGUUAUCCUGCAACUGUAGGCAUUCAGGAGCUUCUCGUUUCCGAAAAUGAUAUAGUGUCUUCAAAACAGAGUCUUGAUGUUCAAAGCUAUCCUUUGUCAACAGACUUCGCUUAUUCACUAUUACCCACCAACAGAACUUCGUUUACUAUGGUCACUUCUAUAGCCUAUUCACCGCCUCAUUUAAUUACAGCAUAUGAUAAUAAUACUAUAGAAAAAUACAUGGUGACACCCACAUCACCUUCCUCUGAAAUCAGUAGGUUGCAUAUACACAAGCAGAAUAUACUUUAUGGACAUACAUACAAGGUUGAAGCAAUUGCAAUAGAUGCCCUAAGGCAGAAGCUCAUUAGUGCCGAUAGAUCUUGUAUCAAAAUAUGGAACCUUCACGAUAGUUUAUUGAAGCAGAGCGCUCUAGUACCAUCUGAUAUUCCUGUUACCAUCCCUAUCUUCGACAACCUAUCAGCAAUGAUGGAGUUACCCUUUUGUAAAGUCGAGAAACUGGAUUUCAACGAAGACAAAAUAGUGGCCAUUAUCGGCUCACCAUUAGAAGACACCUCAUCCAUACGAUUAUGGUCUUUUCACACUUGAAGCUCCAUGAAAUCGCUUCAUAAAUAAAUUAAAACAGCGGGAAGGCUAUAGCAUUGACAACCGUGACCGACAGUUAUUGUGCAUGGUAUUUUCAAUGCACAUUCUGCUCAAUACAGCUGGCUCUGCUAUUUUACAG